GAGGGAUUAAAGAAGCAUUCGGCUUCUCCUUCUACUUCUGCUGUUGCCACAUCUUCCGCUUCAUUGCUAUUCUCGCUCGGCAACAAUGGAGCACGAAGCUGAUCAUGGCGGGUGGUGGACUGACAAUGGUUGCUUGUGGAAACAGACCAAGAGCGUAAAGCAUCAGGUCUGCCAGAUCUGCAGCGAUGAUAUCGGGAAAACUGUGGAUGGGGAUUCCUUUGUUGCUUGCCAAGUUUGUGCAUUUCCCGUCUGCCGCCCUUGCUACGAGUACGAGCGGAAAGACGGCACUCAGUCCUGCCCGCAGUGCAAGACCAAGUACACUAGGCACAGAGGAAGCCCUCCAAUUCACGGGGAACAGGUGGACGACGGGGAGCUCAAGGAUUUGGGGAGCAAGUCAACUUCUUCUCACCCCACAGUUGGGAUUCAAGAUGAGAAACACAAGAUCGAUCGUAUGUUGGGAUGGGAGUCUGGCUCGGGUCGUAAAGAAUAUUUUCCUCAUUCAUAUGAGAGAGACGGGUCUCUCACCCAUGUCCCUUAUGCAGCUAGUAGACCUUCGAUGUCUGGGGAACUCUCUGCUGCAUCUCCUGGGCGUUUCUCGAUGGCUUCUCCUGAGAGUGGCAGCAGAGCAACCAUAAGACUGGGGGAUGGACAGAGGGAAUAUGGGUCGGGUGGGUUUGGCAAUGUAGCUUGGAAAGAGAGAAUUGAUGGUUGGAAGAUGAAGCCAGAGAAAAGUGCAGCUCCACCAAGUGUUAGCAAUGCACCCUCGGAAGGCAGAGGGGGUGCAGAUUUUGAUGCCAGCACCGAUGUGCUUAUGGACGAUUCCUUACUGAAUGAUGAAACUCGUCAACCGCUGUCAAGGAAGGUUCCAAUUCCUUCUUCCAAAGUUAACCCUUACAGGAUGGUCAUUGUGCUGCGGCUUGUCAUCCUUUGCAUCUUCUUUCACUACCGCAUAACAAAUCCAGUCUGGGAUGCCAUCCCCUUGUGGUUGAUUUCUGUUAUUUGUGAGAUUUGGUUCGCAGUAUCAUGGAUAUUGGAUCAGUUCCCAAAAUGGUUUCCUGUGAACAGGGAGACAUAUCUAGACAGGCUAUCGCUUCGAUAUGAAAAAGAAGGAGAAAUAUCUCAAUUAGCUUCUGUUGACAUCUUUGUCAGUACGGUGGACCCUUUGAAGGAACCUCCACUUGUCACAGCCAAUACGGUGCUGUCAAUUCUUGCGGUAGACUAUCCCGUGGACAAAGUUUCUUGCUAUGUUUCAGAUGAUGGAGCUGCUAUGUUGACUUUCGAGUCCUUAGCUGAAACAGCUGAAUUCGCUAGAAGAUGGGUUCCUUUCUGCAAGAAAUACAGCAUUGAGCCACGAGCUCCAGAAUGGUAUUUUUGUCAGAAAAUUGACUAUUUGAAAGACAAGGUUCAUCCUUCAUUUGUCAAAGACAGAAGAUCAAUGAAGAGAGAAUAUGAAGAAUUUAAGAUUCGCGUCAAUGGGCUUGUGGCCAAGGCACAAAAGAUUCCCGAGGAAGGAUGGUUCAUGCAAGACGGUACACCGUGGCCUGGUAACAAUACCAGAGAUCACCCAGGAAUGAUUCAGGUUUUCCUAGGCCACAGUGGAGGACUUGACAGCGACGGCAAUGAACUUCCGCGGCUAGUAUAUGUAUCUCGUGAAAAACGUCCUGGUUUUAUGCAUCACAAAAAGGCUGGUGCCAUGAAUUCUCUUGUGCGUGUUUCUGCAGUUCUGACUAAUGGGCCAUUCUUGUUGAAUCUUGAUUGUGACCAUUACAUAAACAACAGCAAGGCGUUGAGAGAAGCUAUGUGUUUUCUGAUGGAUCCUAAUCUGGGAAGAUCAGUAUGUUAUGUCCAGUUUCCACAGAGGUUUGAUGGUAUUGACAAGAACGAUCGAUAUGCCAACAGGAACACUGUGUUCUUUGAUAUGAAUUUGAGAGGAUUGGACGGCAUCCAAGGACCUGUCUACGUGGGCACAGGGUGUGUGUUCAACAGGACAGCAUUGUAUGGCUAUGAGCCUCCCUUCAAGCCUAAGCAUAGCAAACCAGGGUUCUUAUCUUCAUGCUUCGGUGGUUCCAGAAAGAAGAAUUCUAAAUCAAGCCGAAAAGAAAAGAAAAAGUCGAGCAAGCAUGUUGACCCUACUGUCCCAGUCUUCAAUCUAGAAGAUAUAGAAGAAGGGGUUGAAGGAGCUGGAUUUGACGAUGAAAAGUCACUGCUUAUGUCACAAAUGACACUAGAGAAGAGGUUUGGUCAAUCAGCAGUGUUCGUUGCAUCAACACUUAUGGAAAAUGGUGGUGUUCCUGAAUCUGCCGCCCCAGAGGCUCUCCUGAAGGAAGCUAUCCAUGUGAUUAGUUGUGGCUAUGAAGACAAGACAGACUGGGGACAAGAGAUCGGGUGGAUUUAUGGUUCAGUGACAGAGGAUAUUCUGACAGGAUUCAAGAUGCAUGCUCGUGGUUGGAAAUCCAUCUAUUGCAUGCCUGAGCGCCCUGCAUUCAAGGGUUCUGCCCCCAUCAAUCUUUCUGAUCGUUUGAAUCAAGUGCUUCGAUGGGCUUUGGGUUCAGUCGAAAUUCUCUUCAGUCGCCAUUGCCCUAUAUGGUAUGGGUAUGGUGGGAGGCUGAAAUUUCUCGAGAGAUUUGCCUAUGUCAAUACUACCAUUUAUCCCAUCACAUCCAUUCCGCUUGUAGCCUACUGUACAUUGCCAGCUGUCUGUCUCCUUACCGGAAAGUUCAUUAUUCCUCAGAUCAGUAACAUUGCCAGUAUCUGGUUCAUAUCCCUCUUUCUUUCGAUCUUCGCAACUGGUAUUCUGGAAAUGAGAUGGAGUGGAGUUGGGAUUGACGAAUGGUGGAGGAACGAACAGUUCUGGGUCAUCGGAGGAGUAUCAGCCCAUCUAUUUGCCGUCUUCCAAGGCCUGCUCAAGGUCCUAGCUGGAAUAGACACCAACUUCACUGUCACUUCUAAAGCAUCCGACGAGGACGGAGAUUUUGCUGAGCUCUACUUGUUCAAGUGGACGACUCUGCUGAUCCCACCAACCACUUUACUAGUGAUCAACCUCGUCGGAGUGGUUGCCGGAGUCUCGUAUGCCAUUAACAGCGGGUAUCAGUCAUGGGGGCCUCUCUUCGGUAAGCUCUUCUUUGCCUUCUGGGUGAUCAUUCAUCUCUACCCGUUCCUGAAAGGUCUGAUGGGUCGUCAGAAUAGAACCCCCACCAUUGUCAUCGUGUGGUCCAUCCUCCUUGCUUCCAUCUUCUCGUUGCUGUGGGUCCGAAUCGACCCGUUUACUACCCGGGUCACUGGGCCUGAUGUGGAGAUGUGUGGAAUUAACUGCUAGAUAGAGGUAAAAGAAAGUACACAUAUGCAGCAGAGCAGAGAUUUGAAGAAGAAUCACGAGGGUGCCUGCCUGCCUGCCCACCCGCCCUGGAUGUUUGCUGUUUAGCCAUGUGAAGCUAGCUGGUGGGAGUAGAUGUCAAAUUUAUGUUGAUCAGUGCAAUAAGGGUCGGAUGUAUUUAUAUGUCGGUUAUUUUGUAUAAGAUAUCUCUGGGUGGCCAGUGUUUUUUUUUUUUUUGUUUUGUGUAGUUUUGAUUCUUUAGUUCUUUGGACAUUCAGUGCCAUUGGUCUGUUGUAAUUUAUACAUGUGUUGGAAGGGAAAGGAUAGUCCUUUUAAUUGUUCGAUAGUGACUUUGGGGAGGGUAUAGCUGCUGCUGUUUUUUUUUGUAAUUUUAUGUGUUUCUUUACGACUUGGAAUACUGGACAAGAAUGAAAAAAAAGGGUUCUGAUACCGUAGUCCUUUGGUCCUCCUGGUUCUGCAUCAUUAUUGAUUCUGAUACUGAACUUACUAGGUGCGCUAUGAUUUGUUAGAAGACGUUCUUUGUACUCUAAGGUCUGUUUUCUGAUAUUUCUUGCUGCGCGUUAUUUGAACAGACCUGUCCAUUUAGCGGCUAUAUGAGCCCUGUGUGUGG